GCUCUGGGCGCGUCGGAGGAGGGGCUUGCAGAGGUACAGGUGAAACAGGUGGACCUCUUCAAUCAGUCUGGGCUCAUCGGCGGCAGCACACACACAUCUCUCCAUAAAGACGGCAAAAUCCCACACAGCACAAUGAGUGGAGAAGGAAAAAAAGAGCCUCCUCCCUACAUGAUACCAAUUCAAGGUCCGGCUAAGGGAGAUGUGGUCGUUUACCACACCCACAUGCCCUUCAACCCCAUGUCCACCGACACCGCCACUAACGUCACGCCAGUGAAUUCCAGCGGAGGAGGAGGAGGAGGAGGAGGAGGAGGAGGAGGAGGAGGAGGACAGGGUGACAAUUCGACCAAAAAUAAGUAUGUGAGCUACGACGGGGCGCUGGGCACGACCCCCGGCAUGACGACCUGCACCAGCUGCCAGCAGCAGGUCAUGACGGAGGUCACCUACAAGGCGGGGAGAUACGCCUGGCUCAUGUGCUUGCUCUUCAUCUGCCUGGGAUUAGUCCUGUGCUGCUGCCUGAUCCCCUUCUUCAUGAACAGAUUCAAGAACGCGUACCACACGUGCCCUCGCUGCAACCGAGUGCUGCACGUUGAAAAGAGGAAAUGCUGUAAAUAACGACGCUGAUGGAGGACACGGACCCGUGGAGAUGAGAAUUAACACCCCGUUACUUUUGUAAUGCGCCUUGUUUCUGUGGAAGCGAUGUCACGCGUCGUGUCAGCAGACUGGGAGUCGUCGUGUUGUCUGAGAUCAGAUAUCGUGGGCUCAGUUUUUAUUGUUUUAGUUCUUUUCACAUUAGAUUAAGCUAUUUGUGCCAAAACAUUGGGUCAUAUUCAGCAUGAUGAGGACAACUUUGUUAGUUUUUAGUUUAAAGUCUUAUAAUAUGGUACGGAAAUACUUUGGGCAAGUUGCAACAGAAAGCUUUAAAACUUUUUUUGGUGAGAUGACGAAUCAAUAGUGAGGAUUAUUUUGGAAGAACGAGAACACAUUGACAUCGUGUUUGUUAAAUGUCUUCUAUGUGAUUUCUUUUUAAUAUAAUGCAUAUUUGUGCACAUCUAUGGACUUGUUAUCAGUUGAUAGAUACAAACACUCGACUGUGGUCCUUGUCGUGUCUGAGGUACGGACUUUGGGCACGUGGGACAAAUGCUUUCUCCUAAAAUCCAAAGCAAUAUAUAAAAAAUAAAAAAAACAGUUGUCACGUGUGUCCAAAGACUAGAUUUAGGCAAAAACACAUUUUAGCAAAACCGUUUUUGUAAGAUUUUGUGCUGAAAGGAAACCCCGAAAACACGUGGGUGAAGCACACUCGACGCACUUUUUGGGAGUUUUUCAUCUUUCUCCGUUCAUCAGAAACCUCUGCAAACGUCGCGUCGCUGAAAUGAAGGUCUUGUACAUAAACUUAAUGAAAUCCAUUUCCCGGGAUCGUGCAUUUAGAAUUGAAACAACCCACAACCAGCGCCUCGUGGUCCCGCUGAAGAGGCCUCCUCGGGGGAACAGCGGGGCCACAUGUCGGGGUCCCAUCCGAGUCCAAAGUCGAUCCAAAGCUCUCGUCCAGGAGACGUGAACCAUCCAAUCAGCAGGCUGAUCGCGCUUCCAUUUCCUUCUGUUUUAGCACAACAAACGUGCACUUCUUGCACACAAACACGUUCAGUGAAAUUAAACAUGAAUGCUGCAAAAUACAAAAGUGGCCAAAUGAUUGUGUGUGUGAGUGUGUGUGUGUGUGUGUGUACACUUUUACAGAGUAUUGUAUAUAUAACCUAGACCUAAACUUGUAUUACUUGUGUCAUCGAUUGUAUGUACAGUCCAACUAAUAAUCCCAGUAAUAAAGCACAUAUUCAUCUAAAAGCAAA